GAUGACUGUGCAUAUAUGCAGUUGGUGUUUGAAUGGCGAAGGGUGAAGUGAUAUGACCCUAUCAUGGAGACUCACUGUGCUUUAGGCUGGUUUCUCCUCUGUCUACUUUCAGUCAGUGAAUGCAUUGACCCAAAAGUCAUUGGUAUUGAGGGCCAGAAUGUCACUCUGCCAUGUAAAUAUAACACCAUAAAGCAAGGUGUAUCAGCCAUAUGCUGGGGGAGAGGAGCCAUACCGAACUCUGGUUGUUACAAGGAAAUCAUCUCAUCUGAUGGCACUAAAGUGACAUGGAGAUCUUCGGUUAGAUAUCAUUUAUUCGGGGUGCUGAAGACAGGGGAUGUCUCUCUCACAAUCCUCAAUGUCACUGAAAAAGACUCUGGACAAUACGGCUGUCGUGUGCAUGUUCACGGAUUGUGGAAUGAUGAGAAAUAUCAUGUCAACUUGAACAUUGAGAAAGCACCUGUCCCGACAACAUCUCAGGCUAAUGUGAUCAUAACUCAACAGGCCAUGGACAACCACACACACUGUCAUGUGACCACAAAUUCAGUCACAUCCACGCCACUUUACAGCAAAUCAAUUUUGGAGCAGAUGACAGGUCAUAAGCUGCCUGUGAUCCUGGUGUCCAUUCUACUGGUUCUGACAGGGGUGGUGAUUGUGUCUGUACCUGUCGUCUUGAGAAAGCGAUGGAAAACAAUUGCUACGGUAGUCCAAAUACCAGUGCACUCUGGCAGCUCAGUCCUGUACAGCUUGGGUGUGCAUACUCGAGAGAUGGCGGUGGAGAACGUCUAUCAAAUAGAUGACAACGAGAGAGACGACUAUGAGGAGUGCCCCCGAUAAAGCAUAGACACAUCACCACAGUCAUGCUGUUAACACGCGGUAGCUCUGUGUUUACAGGGCUGAGUCUGAACUUAUAGGCUAAUGAUUCAACCAGACAAGACAAGCUCCAACAAAAUCAGUUGCUUUUUGGUGAUAAAUGAGUAAAACGUUACUUGAUUUGUAUAUUUCAAAUGUUUGUGUGAAAGGAAAAGCUCACUAAUAUGGCUAUCUAUGUGUAUUCAGCACUAACAGUGUAGGUUUCAAUUACAAUGACUGUAUUUUCUUGAUGUAGUAAGCCAUUGUUGUGCCUAGACCCUUCCACGUCAAAAUAACAGCACUUACAGUUUAUCGGGGCAACUCUAGCAGGGCAGAAAUUUGACAAACUGACUUGUUGGAAAAGUGGCAUCCUGUGACUGUGCCACGUUAAAAAUCUCUGAGCUCUUAAUUACGGGCCAUUCUACUGCCAUUGUUUUGUCUAUGGAGAUUGCAUGGCUGUGUGCUCGAUUUUAUGCACCUGUCAGCAACGAGUGUGGCUGAAGUCGCUGAAUCAACUCAUUUGAAGGGGUGUCCGGAUAGUUUUGGCCAUGUGGUGUACUCAGGUGCCGAUUAAAUCAAAUCAAAUUGUAUUUGUCACAUACACAUGGUUAGCAGAUGUUAUUGUGAGUGCAGCAAAAUGCUUGUGCUUCUAGUUCCGACAGUGUGGAAAUAUCUAACACGUAAUCUAACAAUUCCACAAAACUACCUAAUACACACAAAUCUAAGUAAAGGAAUUUGAUAAGAAUAUAUACAUAUCAAUAUAUGGAUGAGCAAUGACAGAACGGCAUAGGCAAGCUGCAAUAAAUUGUAUAAAAUACAGUAUAUACAUAUGAGAUGAGAUAUGCAAGAUAUGUAAACAUUAUUCAAGUGGCAUUAUUAAAGUGACUAGUGAUCCGUUUAUAAUACUGGCCAAUAAUUUCAAGUCUGUAUUUAGGCAGCAGCGUCUCUGUGUUAGUGAUGGCUGUUUAACAGUCUGAUGGCCUUCAGAUAGAAGCUGUUUUUCAGUCUCUCGGUCUCAGCAUUGAUGCACCUGUACUGACCUCGCCUUCUGGAUGGUAGCAGGGUGAACAGGCAGUGGCUCGGGUGGUUGUUGACCUUGAUGAUCUUUUUGGCCUUCCUGUGACAUCGGUUGCUGUAGGUGUCCUGGAGGCCAGGUAGUUUGCCCCCGGUGAUGCGUUGUGCAGACCUCACUACCCUCUGGAGAGACUUAUGGUUGUGGGCGGAGCAGUUGUUAUACCAGGCAGUGAUACAGCCUAACAGGAUGCUAUCGAUUGUGCAUCUGUAAAAGUGUGUGAGUGGUUUAGGUGACAAGACAAAUUUCUUCAGCCUGAGGUUGAAGAGGCGCUGUUGCACCUUCUUCACCACAAUGUGUGGGUGAACCAUUUCAGUUUGUCCGUGAGGUGUACUCCGAGGGACUUAAAACUUUCCACCUUUUCCACUGCUGUCCCGUCGAUGUGGAUAGGGGGCUGAUCUCUCUUCUGUUUCCCGAAAGUUCACAAUCAUCUCCUUUGUUUUCUUGACUUUGAGUGAGAGGUUGUUUUCCUGACACCACACUCUAAGUGCCCUCAUCAAUAUGUAUUCCGAUUCUCAGGAUUCUAUAUGGGUUCAUUCUUGUUUCAUCAGACCAGAGAAUCUUGUUUCUCAUGGUCUGUUAGUCCUUUACGUGCCUUUUGGAAACUCCAAGCGGGGUGUCAUGUGCUUUUCACUGAGAAGUAGCUCCUGUCUUGCCACUCUACCAUUAAAGGCCCGAUAGGUGCAGUGUUGCAGAGAUGAUUGUCCUUCUGGACGGUCUCCCAUCUCCACAGAGGAACUCUGGAGCUCUGCCAGAGUGACCAUAGGUUUCUUGGUCACCUCCCUGACCAAGAAUAAAACUGAGCCCCCCCCGAUUGCUCAGUUUGGCCAGGCGGCCAGCUCUAGGAAGAGUCUUGGUGGUUCCAAACUUCUUCCAUUAUAGAAUGAUGGAGGACAAUGUUUUCUUGGGGCUCUUCAAUGCUGCAGAAAUGUUUUGGCACCCUUCCCCAGAUCUGUGCCUCAAUUUCGAGUCUCAUAGCAAAGGGUCUGAAUAAUUAUAUAAAUUAGGUAAUUAUGUUUUUUACUUUUAAUACAUUUAAAAAAUGUCUUAACCUGUUUUCGCUUUGUCUUUAUGGUGUUUUGUGUGUAGAUUGAUGUAACGUAAAAGAAUAUGGAAAAAGUGAAGGGGUCUGAAUACUUUUCGUAUGCACUGUAUGUCUGCUGCAGAGGGACAAGAGAGAGUCAGCCAUGAGAAAAGUUUUGAUCAGUCAUGGAAAUAAAAGUGAUGAACACGCUAUGAAGGAAACAUACUGGAGUUUUCAUGCAGGUACAGCCAACUAGCACAAAAACAAUAUUGCAAUAUUGUCAAAAUGAUAAGGCACAUUAUAGCAUCGAAAAUGAUAUACCGAUAUGUAGCUGUAUUGAUUUUCCUCCCCAUUUGUGGCUUCUGUUUCAUUGAUGCAUGAAUCAUGAAUGAUUAUUCUGUUGCCAUCGCUACUAUGCAAAAUGUGCGCUUUUUCCAGAAACAACAAGUCUAUAAAAAACGAAGUUAUAAUUUUGAAACCGUCUGUAAUAUCACCUUAUUUAAUGUGUUUUUAAAGAGAAAUCAAUGUUGUUGUUUUUACUCCUGUAGCAACUGUCAUCCCAACUGUCAUCCCAACUGCACCAGCACAACUACUGCCCAUCACAGACACAAAUUUUGUCUUUCACUGUCUUUAACGUAAUCUUGUGUUUCUCCUUAUAGUUUGAGGUUCCUUCAAUGUGUUAGGCUAUAUGUUUGUAAACAAAAAAAUAUCCCAUAAAAUCUAUGCUUUCAUUUCUAGCA